CAUGUUUCCAGGGGAAAGGUUUCAAUGUAACACCACAACAUUGAGCUUUCAGACAGCACAGGUUUGUGAAUGAUUUUAAGAUUUAGCUUCUUAUGUUAUAUAACCUAAUUAUCUGGUUAUGUUAGGGACGUUUUUCACAGUACUUUGGGGUGUUAAAGUCUAUGAUUUUAGGAAUCAACAUUUUUAUAAAGGGAUAGAACUGUGAAGGACAUCCAAAGCAUAGUUAGCUAGUCAGCUAGCUCUUGCCCAUCGCGCGACGACAACAACAAGUUACUUCUGACCGAUUUUGUUUGAUGACUGGUUUUCGCAACUCACCAAAGUAAAAAUAUUUCUGGAAUGUUGGAGAACUUUUCUCUGUGUGCGCAGGGUGUCCAAAGUACGAAACGACUAGCAGCUUCAGUUUGACGCCGGUCUACUUUGUCGCUGAUCCAUGCGCAUGGGUCAGAUGCGCAUGUGUAGAUCUCGUAGUGGCGACCAGAGCUAGUGUAUGUCUGCCUCAGUUAGCACAGACAGAGGACUCUGUGUAGAUCCAAGAUGGCGAAGUAGUACAGUUCUGUUUUUGUCGUGUGUCUGUAAAUAGCCUGUAAAUACCCUGUUUUUUUGUAUUUUUCUGUUGUAUUUUUGACUUUAUGUUUUUUACCCCAUAUGUAACUCUGUGUUGUUUUUAUCUCACUGCUUUGCUUUAUCUUGGCCAGGUCGCAGUUGUAAAUGAGAACUUGUUCUCAACUGGCUUACCUGGUUAAAUAAAGGUGAAAUAAAAAAAUAUAUAAAAAAACAAAACAAAAAUAUGGCCUGGUAGCUGCACACGUACGACCUUGCCACCAACUCUGGUCAACUGUUUUACAGUUCAAUAACAGUGUUGAUUCCUCUCCUCUCUGUUUCCCUCCCUCCCUCUGUUCCUCUCCCUCCCUCUGUUCCUCUCCCUGCUCUUCCUCUCUCCCUCUCUGUUUCCCUCCCUCCCUCCCUCCUUCUCUCCCUCCCUUGCCUGGUAGCAGCACCAUGGUUCUGUCUGCAGCCAGUCGGCACCUCCUUAGGGGCAGUAGGUUUGGUGCCUGGGGGCAGCUGCUCCCCAGGAGGAGCGGAUCUGUAUACACCACUGCCAAUGGGUUCCAGGAGAAGGAGAUCAGAGAGAAACUCCAAGCUUUCCCUGGGGGGUCUAUAGACCUUGUCAAACAGGAGUCAGGCAUCGCAGUGCUCACCGUCAACAACCCUGCUCGCAUGAACGCUUUCUCUGGUAUUAGGAGCGCUGUCCACCGUUAUAUUUUAUUAUUGAUCUGAGUGUUGCUCUUUGUUAACCUACAAUUCAGACUAAAUAUCACUCCGCUUCUCUUUGGUUUCACCUCACCAAACGGAGCGAAAUAUAUUUAGUUUUGUAUUCCAACUCUUUGCUUCUCCUGAGAAUGAUUACAGUGGGACUAAGGGGCUAGUGCUCAAUGAACUGGGUUGGUGUUCAGUAGGGCACACUGUAGCAAAACGUUUAGCAACAGAUGACUAAAAUGUGUUUAUUUGGAUCCCCAUUAGCUUUUGCAGAAGCAGCAGCUGCUCUUCCUGGGGUCCCCAAAAAACACAAAACAUGACAAGUAACAAAACACUGAUACACAAGGACUUAAAAUACAACAUAUACAAACCACAAAACAUUUAACAAUACAACAAAAUAAUGUGUGUUUGUGUGUGUCCCCUCACAGUCCCCGUUGUUCCAUGAGAUGUUGUUUAAUCAGUUUUUUAAAGGCAAUUUUGCUGUUCGCUUGAGUAAUUGGAGAUGCGAUCAUGGCUCUGUAUAAUACUGUACGUUGCCGUGAAUUCAUUUUGGACUUGGGGACUGUGAAGAGACCCCUGGUGGCAUGUAUUGUGGGGUAUGUAUGGGUGUCUGAACUGAAUGUUUUUGAUUAUGCAGACUAUCUGGAGUUUUCAUCACAGUAAUAUUUCUCAUGAAAACUAGAAGAGCAGCAGUUCAUCUCUCGUCAACACUCAACCUCAUAGUGAACAUGUUCAGAUUGUACCUCCCUGUUUAACUCAGAUUCAAAACGUUUUCUCCCUACUGAACACUACCCUGUUUUCUCCAGGUUCUAUGAUGGUGGAGCUGGAGGAGAGGAUGUCCCAGCUAGAGGAGUGGACGGAAGGGAAAGGUCUCAUCAUCCAGGGGGCUGCUGGGACAUUCUGCUCUGGGUCAGACCUCAACGCUGUCAGGGCUAUAUCCAACCCUCAGGUCAGACCUCAAUGUUGUCAGAGAUAUACAGUGGCUUGCGAAAGUAUUCACCCCCCUUGGCAUUUUUCCUAAUUUUUUGCCUUACAACCUGGAAUUAAAAUGUAUUUUUGGGGGGUUUGUAUCAUUUGAUUUACACAACAUGCCUAAUAUUUGUUCUUGUGAAACAAACAAGAAAUAAGACAAAAAAACUGAAAACUUGAGCGUGCAUAACUAUUCACCCCCCCAACGUCAAUACUUUGUAGAGCCACCGUUUGCAGCAAUUACAGCUGCAAGUCUGUUGGGGUAUGUCUAUAUAAGCUUGGCACAUCUAGCCACUGGGAUUUUUGCCCAUUCUUCAAGGCAAAACUGCUCCAGCUCCUUCAAGGUGGAUGGGAUCCGCUGGUGUACAGCAAUCUUUAAGUCAUACCACAGAUUCUCAAUUAGAUUGAGGUCUGGGCUUUGACUAGGCCAUUCCAAUAUAUUUAAAUGUUUCCCCUUAAACCACUUGAGUGUUGCUUUAGCAGUAUGCUUAGGGUCAUUGUCCUGCUGGAAGGUGAACCUCCGUCCCAGUCUCAAAUCUCUGGAAGACUGAAACAGGUUUCCCUCAAGAAUUUCCCUGUAUUUAGCGGCAUCCAUCAUUCCUUCAAUUCUGACCAGUUUCCCAGUCCCUGCCGAUGAAAAACAUCCCCACAGCAUGAUGCUGCCACCACCAUGCUUCACUGUGGGGAUGGUGUUCUCGGGGUGAUGAGAGGUGUUGGGUUUGCGCCAGACAUAGCGUUUUCCUUGAUGGCCAAAACGCCCAAUUUUAGUCUCAUCUGACCAGAGUACCUUCUUCCAUAUGUUUGGGGAGUCUCCCACAUGGCUUUUGGUGAACACCAAACGUGUUCGCUUAUUUUUUUCUUUAAGCAAUGGCUUUUUUCUGGCCACUCUUCCGUAAAGCCCAGCUCUGUGGAGUGUAUGGCUUAAAGUGUUCCUAUGGACAGAUACUCCAAUCUCCGCUGUGGAGCUUUGCAGCUCCUUCAGGGUUAUCUUUGGUCUCUUUGUUGUCUCUCUAAUCUUGGUGGUGCCCCUUGCUUAGUGGUGUUGCAGACUCUGGGGCCUUUCAGAACAGGUGUGUAUAUAUACUGAGAUCAUGUGACACUUAGAUUGCACACAAGGUGGACUUUAUUUAACUAAUUAUGUGACUUCUGGAGGUAAUUGGUUGCACCAGAUCUUAUUUAGGGGCUUCAUAGCAAAAGGGGGUGAAUACAUAUGCACGCACCACUUUUCCGUUAUUUAUUUUUUAUAAUUCUUUGAAACAAGUAAUUUUUUUCAUUUCACUUCACCAAUUUGGCCUAUUUUGUGUAUGUCCAUUACAUGAAAUCCAAAUAAAAAUCCAUUUAAAUGACAGGUUGUAAUGCAACAAUAUAGGAAAAAUGCCAAGGGGGAUGAAUACUUUUCCAAGGCACUGUAUACAAACAUCAGGUCAGACCUCAGUGUUGUCAGAGAUAUAUCCAACCCUUAGGUCAGUCUCUCUGGACAAUCUCCCUCUCUGAAAGACCAGUAGAAAGCUCAGUGAACUGUUUUUAUUCAGUCACAUUGUAUUGGGGCACUCCUACUUCCAUCCAAUCUGACUUUCUAAAUCACGUGUCAAACUCUUUCCACGGAGGGCAGAGUGUCUGCGGGUUUUCACUCCUCCCUUGUACUUGAUUGAUGAAUUAAGAUCACUAAUUAGUAAGGAACUCCCCUCACCUGGUUGUCUAGGUCUUAGUAAGGAACUCUCCUCACCUGGUUGUCGUUUAUCUUAAAGGAAAACCCCCAAACCAGCAGACACUAGGCCCUCCAUGGAAUGAGUUUGACACCCCCAUGGUCUAAACGAUGCGUCUUGCCUUUCAGGAUGGGAUGAAGAUGUGUAUGUUCAUGCAGAAUGCCCUGACCAGGCUACUGAGGUAGGACACUGUGUUUAUAAAGUUCUAGAUCAGUGUGUCAUGCCAGAUGCUCUGUGCCAUGCUAACCCAUGUGUUCUCUGUGCAGGCUGCCUCUGUUCUCCGUAGCUCUGGUGGAGGGGAGCGCACUGGGAGGAGGGGCCGAGCUCACUACUGCCUGUGACUUUAGGUACAGUAACGGAACUCAUUUUCCACAGAUGGCACCGUUGCUAUGUGUUUAUUAAACUGGAGGCCCACAUCCAGAUAGUGGAGAAAAGGAGGGUGCAGAGAAAAGGCCUUUUCAAGAAAUAUCUGAGCAACAAAAUCCACCAGGUUUCCAAUCUCUAAACCAACAUCACGGUCUCUCCCUGCUAGGUUGAUGGCGCCAGGCAGUGUGAUCCAGUUUGUCCAUAAACACAUGGGUCUGGUCCCUGGUUGGGGCGGUGCAGCUAGAUUGGUACGCAUCGUAGGCAGCCAGAACGCCCUGAAGAUGCUGGGUAAUGCCCUGAAUGUGGACCCAGAGAUGGGGCUGCAGAUUGGGCUUGCGGAUGGGGUCCUGGAGGGUCCCCUGGCUGGGUCUGGAGCCAAUGCCCUCCUGGAGGCAGAGCAGUGGUUGGGCUGCUACACCAAGGGUCCAUCCCCGGUCAUCAGAGCCAUAAAGAAAGUGGUGGUGUCAGGGAGAGAGCUCCCCCUGGAGGCAGCCCUGAGGACUGAGAGGGACGUGUUCGGGACAGUGUGGGGAGGACCGGCUAACCUACAGGCUCUGGCCAGCAAGGCCAAACACAAGUGA